AUGAAAAUACCUCUUAAUACUCUUGAACAACCUAAAGAAAUAGACCGUCGUGUAAUUUCUUCAAGCUUAAUUUUAGCUCUUGGCAUCCAUCUUAGUAAGUCCUAACUUCUUGGAAGAGUUGCUCUAACUAGUCAAUGAUAAGAGUAAUGUUAUCCACAAAUUAUCUUUGGGAUCAUUAACUUUACUUAUGGAUAAAUUAGAUGAUUAUAUUUAAAAUAUGGCUUAGCUUGUAUAAUAAAACUCAAGGCAUGAUUGUUCAUAAUUGUUAAACCUUAUAAAUAGUUUAAUGGAGUAUGAAUGUUAUAGGUAAUAAUUUAAAAAAUAUUCAUAGAAAAUUAUUUAAUUCAUUAGAACAUCUAUUAAGCAUAGUUGAGCAUACAGAUAGUUUGUAAAAUUAUGAGACUAUUAUGAACAUUCUAAUCAAAAUUUUUGAUUAAGCAAUAAAUCUCAAUAACCCUUAAUAAAAAGAAAUUUGCAAUCAAUAAUUAAGAGAUAAUAUACCUAGAUUGAUUUAUUUGAAUCGAUUUCUCUUUGAUCAUAAUAAUACACUUUCAUCAACUAAACUUGAAUUGAUUGAUUAUUAUAAUGAUGAUCCAAAUUAUUUAUCUAUUACAGAUAAUCCAAUUUAAUUUCCAUAAUUGCAAUUUGAAUAUGUAGAGCCAAUCAUUUUAGAUGAACCUUAUGCAGAUUUAUGUAAAAAUGGUAUUCAUAAAAAGGAAUUGCAACAUUAAACAUCAAUUAAAGUACUAUAUUUUAAUUGAUUAUUUUUAGAACUUUAGCAUAAAAGAUGAUAAUUCAAUGUCUGCCCUUCUUUUAGCAAAAUCAAUAUUAGGAUAGCAAGAUAUGCCUCUUACUCCUUUAGUGGAAGCUGUAAAAUAUAGAAUUCUAAUUUACAGAGGUUUAGCAUCAAAUAAAACAGAAACUAAAACAUUAGUUUUAGGAAUGCAUAUAUUAUCACUUGAGAUGAAUAUGUUAUUAGAUGCAUUCUGUUCAACUCAUGAUUGUGCUUUUUUAUUAGAUUAAGUAUUUGUUGAGAAAAUUGAAUAUGAAUAAUAUUUUAGUAUCUAUGCUAAAUUAUUUUAAUUGAAAACUGUAUAACCAAAAUUAUUAGUUACAAUAUUAUCAACAUUAGAUGAAAUAUUAGUAACAGAAAGACAAUAGGAUAAUGAAAUUGCAUUAAACACAGCUAAAAAUUAUGAUGAAACAUUUUUAUAAUUAAUUUAUGAUGUUUUAUCAAUGCAACCACAUCAAAUUGAAAUAGAAUCAAGUUAUCCACUAAAAUACAAUGGAUAACUUUUAAAUGAACAAUGUGCUAGAGAUGAGGAAGUUGCUUGUGGAAUUUUUACAUUAUUUUCUUCAGAAUCUGGAGUACUAUUAUUAAGUAGAAGUAAUAUAGCACUUGGAUCUUCAUAAGCUUUAAUUAGAACAUUACUUAUUUAAGAUAAUAAAUCAUUUCUACCACCUGUAAUCCUUAAAGCAGCUAUCGGAAUGUUAGGAAGACUAUCCAGAAAAGAAGAUUUAUAAAGAGAUCUUAAAAUAUUUAAUGAUCUAAUUAAAAUAGUUGAAAACUUAAUUUCUAUUGGACCUAAUCUAAUCAAACCUACAGAUUAAGGAUUUUAACAUGUGACUUUUGAUGAGACUGAUUCCAUCAUUUCAUUUGCUAUUUAGAGUAUCAAUGAACAUUUUAAAGAUGAUCUUGGUAGAAGAUAUAAUAGAGCUAAUGCACCAACAAUUGCCAGAAAGGUAUCAGAAACUCAAAUUAUUAAAAAAUUAUAAAAUUUACUUUAAGACAACAGAUAUACUCUUAUUAUAUAGUAAACUCUCAUUUUAAUUUCACAUCUUGCUAAUGAAGUUCCUACUCUUAUUGGUAGAUUAAUUGACUCUUAAUUACCAUAAUAAUUAAAUUAAAUCAUCUAGAAUCUAAAUUAUUCUUAAAUUAAUAAUAAAAUGGUUAAUGCUAUCUUUUAAUUCUAUUUUAAUAUUUCAUUGAAAGAAGAAGGAUAUGAUCAGUUCAACACUUUUGGUUUAUAAUUUAUGUAACGAAUUCUGGACUAUUGUUUACUUUAAAAUAAUGUUCCUAAAGAACUAUUAACAUCUGUUGGAUAAAAUAUUGCUAAAUAUCUAUAAAAAAUUGAUAAAGUUGCUCCAUAAGUUAUUAACAUACUCAAUAUUGGAUUGGAAGGACUUUAUAAUUAUUUAAUUGAUAAAAGAAAUAAUUUGAAAGAAGAUACUUAUUAAUCAUAUAAUGAGAUUAUUACUAAAAUAUCAAAUUUAUCAAUUUUGGCAUUCAAAAUGAUUCACAAUUUGCAUCCAUCUCAAUAAGCUGAAAUGAAUGCAAAAGGAUUUUUUGAAAAAUUAUUGAUGUUUUUUGAAUUUCCUGCCUUUGAUUUUAAAAAUGACUUAACUAAAGUAUUUAGAUUAUUUGCCUAAUUAGAUGAACUUGAUAAUCCAUUUAAAGCAUUAUCUAAAGUGCUUAUCUCUAUUUCUAAAUUAGAAAAUAAAUUAGGCUGUACAUUAGAAAGUUCAAAUAUUGUAAUUGAUGAAUCAUAUUAUAAUUCUGAAAAAUUCUUUUUAUCUUGUCCUUUGGAUUAAUUAUUUUAGAAAUUAGAAUUUGUUUCAUACUAUUCUUAGAUUGAAUCACUUAUGGAAGUAUUAAAACAUUAUCUAAUAAAUGGUUAAAUUAGAUAUGAGUAAUAAGAAAUAAGUAAACUAUUAAAUAAGAGUUGUUCUUUGAUUUUAAUAUUGAUACGAUCGAUUAAAUAAGGAGAAGAUAUGAAGAUGGAUUUAGCUUUUAAAAAAUCUGUCUUUUACUAAUAUAUAUAAUUGUUAAAAGUUAUAAUAAUUAAUUCAUAUAGAGUAAUGAGAAGAAUUAAUAAUGAAUUGUAACCACUUAGCAAUUUAUUUUGUUAAUUAAGUUAGAAUUUAAGAAAUGAAAAUAUCUAAGUAGUUUAGUUACAUUCUUAUAUAAUUAAUGAUUUAUUAAACAAUCUUGUUGAGGGUAGAAAAUAUGCAGAAUUUUAAAAUUUACAUCCAGAUUUUUUAAGUCUCUUAGUAAAUUCUGAUUUCUUAGAGAAUUUCAAAUCAGGAAUUAGCUCAUUUAUUUAAUUAGUAGGUUAAAAAAAUAAUAUUGAAUCUUUAGAUUAAUUAGGUUAGUAAUAUGCAAACAUUAUAAAAUUAAUUUAUCUAAAUAAAGUAGAUCAAAGUAAAAAGAUUUCAGGAUAUAUGUUGAUUCCAAAAUAAAUUGAAGAAAUAUAAAAUCUUUUAACAAUUACUUAAUGUUUAUCAGAUGAUCCAAUUUAUGCAAUAUAAGAGUAGUUAUUUAAUAAAACAGUAUUUAUAUUCCGUCCUUCAUUUUUAUAAGAUAUAUUACAGAAAGAUAGAGAAAACUUUUUCUAAAAAACUUAUUAAGUUUUUAGAGAUGAAAAUGGUGGUGAUAUAGAUAUACUCUAAUAAGAUUCAAAUGAAGUGAGGAUAAAAUUAAAAGAUAUGGGUUAUUAAGAAGAUGUAAUAACUAUAGCACUUCAAAACAAUGAUAUUUUUGAUGUGACAAGACUUACUGAUUGGAUUUGUGAAAAUUAAGAAAUGAUUGAAGAAUAAAGAUUGAAAAUGAUAGAAAUUCAAAAAAAUGAGCCAUCUUAAGAAGUCAUUACAUAAUAAAUUUAAAAUAAAUAAAAAAAUCUUAAAUAAUAUAUCUAAACUAAUAUGCUAUAUUUUAAUAGAUUUGAGGAAAGCAUAUUCUAAUUAUUAGAAGGUUAAAUAAUGCCAUCACUAUUAAAAUGUUUGAAACAAGUUGUUUUUGAAUAAUUUAAAUUGUAACUCAAAUUUAAAGACUGUGAGCCUGAAAUCAAACCUCCUUCUACUGAUAAUAUGAAAGUCAUCAUUACUAUUUUACAUUAUAUUUACAAAUAAAAAAAUCUUGUUGAAGAAUAUGAAAGUAUUGUAACUGAAUUAAUGAAAUUGGCAUAAGAAUUAAUGAAAUAUUAGGAUGAUCUAAGUCUUAAAGCAGUUAAUCAUAUUUUGGCAAUUUUAACUCUAUUUAUUACAGAUGAUCAAAAAAAGAAAAAGAAUCAUCAUGAUACUGUAAAUGACAUUCUUUUAGGCGUUAUUAAUAUCUUAAAAGGUAAAGUACAAAAUCAUAUUACUUCAAAAAUCUGUAUUGAAAUACUUGUGAGAGCAUUUCAAGUUAAUAAGGAAAAUGUAUCAAGGUUUGUUUCCUAAAUGAGAGGAUUAGAAUAUCUUAUUAAAAUUAAAGGAGAUUAAUAAAAUCAUAUGUUUCCAUUGACUAAAUUAGUACUUUCUAUUGUUCAUGAUAAAAGUUUAGUGAUCGCUUAAAUUGAAGCUAAAAUUAAAAAGAUUCUUUAUAAUUUAGAAUACAAUAAAGAAAUUGAAAACAUCAAUAAAUAAUAACAAUAACCUUCAUCAUAAGUUCAAUAACAACAUUAACCUCAUUAUCCUAUUUGUUUUUAACCUAUUUAUUAUAAUAUUCCUAUUACAAAUGAAAUUAAAAUUGCUUCUAAUCAUCCAGCAUUAGUGACUAUUUAAAAUCAAGUAAUUUAUACUGAUGAAGUUAAAGAAGUUAUGUCUUAAUUAUUUGAAGAUGGAGAAACAAUUGAUGGAGUCAAAUAUUUAAAUUUGAGAAAAGGUUGUUAAUUAUACACUCUUGAUUGUGUUUAACCUACUAGUUUUUAAAAGCAUAAAGAGCCAGAAACUGCUAAAAAAAGCAAAUAAGUUUCAAAAAAGAAAAAGAGUGAAGAUAAAUUACAAUUAUAAUCCAAUUUCUAGCAUACAUAAGAAGCACAAAUUUUGAUCAAAUUACUGAUAUAAUAAAUGAUAAGCUCAUUUUUUGAAAAUGAAUAAUAUCAAUAUCAUUGGUAUACUAUCACUUAAGUUUUGUAAAUAUUAAUUAGACGUUAUCCAGUUUUAAUACCUAAAAUAGUAAGAGUAAAUUGUAGUAAAUUUUUAAAGCCUUAUUAAAAGUAAUUAAGUAGUGAUUACCAAGAUUUAGAACUACCUAGAAAAAUCUCUUUUCUUACUUUAAUUACAAGAAUAAUGACUCCUGCAAAGAACUUACUUUUUGAACUAUGUUUAGAUAAUAUUUUAUUGUAUUAAAUGGCUAAUAACAAUAUUGUUCCAUUUUCAAAUGAAACAAGGAGAAAAAUUAUAAGUGAACUAUAUGAUGGAAUUGAUAAAAGAAUUAAGACAUUUGAUUCGAUAGUUUGUCAAUAUUCCUAUACUUUGAUAAGACUUUUAUAAAUAAAGUCAGUGGCAAAGAUUUGCUAUCGAAAUAUUCAUGACACCGCAAAUUCUUUUAACUUUAUCAAAUUAUAUAUGGAUGGAAUGAAGAACUUUGAGUUGAAAUCGUAUUAUAUUUAUGAAAAAGAAUUAUAAUUCAUAACAGAAACUUUGGCUGUUUUAUUCAAUAUGGCAAUUUAUCUAUUAUUUUAUAAGCCUGCUCCAGUUAUAAUUUCAAAAUAACAAUAGGAACAUUAUGGUGAUCAUUUUCAAUUACAAGGUAUGAUAGGAUAAUUGUUAUCAGAGGAAAUCAAUUAAUAAUUGGUUCCAAAUAAAAGUAUUUUAUAUUAAGAUUCAAUAAAAUAUUUUUAGAAAUGGCCGCUGUUACCAAUUUCAUUCUUAGAAGAAUUAAAUUAAAAUCAAUAACAUGAAGAAUUAGAAUUUUAAUAAUUUUUAUCUCCAUUUAGAAGAAGAAAUAGACUUGUAAAUGUUGAAUUGAUUGCAAAUAUUGAAGAGGAUGAUGGUAUGUUAGAAUUAGAAUAUAAUGAUAAUGAUGUACUUAGUGAACAUAGUGGAGGAUCUCAUAAUUCUCAUGAAUCAGCUCCAGAUCUUGAAGAAGAAAAUAGUUGGGGAUCUAGUUAAAGUGGAAAUAAUCAGAUAGAAGCUGAAGAAGCAUAGAAUUCUUCAUCAAGUUGGACUGAUGAAGAAGAUGAAGAUGAAGAUAAUGAUUAGUAGGAAGAAGAAGAAGAAGAAGAGGAAGGAAGUGAAUAAGAUGAAUAAGAAGAAGAAAAUGCAAAUAGUGAAUUAUAAAGUGAUAAUGAAGAAGAUAUUGAUCAAGAAGAUGAAGAAGAUCAUGAAGAAGAUUAAGAAGAAGGAGCUAUGGAUGAAGAAAAUGAAGAAUAAGAUCAAUAAAAUAAUGAAAUUUCUGAAGAAAAUAUUGAAGUCACUAAAUAAAUUCAUCAUCUUACUAGUAGAGAAGAUUAAGCAUUUGCCAAAAUGACUAAGUCUAUUAUUUAAUUGAUCGGCAUUCAAUUCCCCUAAUAAUUUAUCAAAGUCUUAGAUAAAUUAGUUCACUCUUUACCUAAAAUGAACUCUCCUGAAGAUUCAUAACCUAUUAAUUGGUGGACUGAACUCACUCAAUAUAUCUCUAAAUCAUUCUAGUUAGAUGAAAGAGCAUAUGCAUAAGAAUUAAGAAUGCAACCACUUUUUAGAGAUAAUAGAUUCACUACUGAAAUAUUUAGAAUUGAUUAAAAUGAUAGAAUAUUUAAUAGAUUCUAAGCAGCAAGAUUUGAUCAGAUUGAAAGAUUAGAAAGAAAUGAAUAAAUUAGAUAAGAUAGAUAUAGAUAAUUGAUGUUUAGAAACAGAAGAGAAGAGUAAUAAUUAGAACAAUAACUCUAAUAAUAAAAUCAAUAACAAACUAAUAUAUUCUAAUAAUAGCAUCAGCAAUAAUUUAUUAGAUUAUUUAAUUGGAAUUAGAUUUCAUAAAAUCUACUACAACCAUAAUAAUAAGAAUAGCAAUAAUUAUAAUAGCAAUCUAAUCUUGCUUAAAUAUAAUAAACUACUUCAAAUUUAUAAAGUAUAUAGGAUUAAUUAUAAUAAUAGUUUUUGAACUUGCUUAAUUCAAAUUAAAUUUUUUAAUAAUAGUAAUAGUAAUUGUAACAAUAAUAAUAAUAGUAAUAAUAGUAAUAAUAGUAAUAACAAAUUUAAGAAUAGAUUUAAGUGGAAGAAUAAUAAGUUUUAAUUCCUUAAGUAAAUUCAGAAGUUAUGUAAUUAGAAGGAUAAAAUUAAGAAAUUGAAUAAUUAGAAAAAAAAGAGUAAUAACCAUUAUAAUAAUAAUAACAAUAACAAUAAUAAUAAUAAUAAUAAUAACAAUAAUAAUAAUAAUAACAAUAAUAAUAAUAAUAAUAAUAACAAUAAAUGCAAACAGAAGAAUAACCUUAAAAAGUAGAAUAACCUAAUUAAAAUAUUUAAUAAUAAUAAUAAAAUUUAGAAUUACUUUACCCAAAUACUUUUAGUUUUCUCUAAAGAGUUGGAAGAUCUUUUGAUGAUUUAACCAAUAAUAAUAUUGAUCCAUCAGUAUUUGAAGAUUUAACUGAGGAGAUGAUGAUUGAUAUAAUUUCAAACAUACCUGAUAAAGAAAUAAAUAAUAUUGAAGGAAUAGAUCCAUAAUUCUUAUAAUCAUUACCACCAGAAAUUUAACGAGAAAUAUAUUAAUAAUAUGUAUAGCCUCCUUAAAAUUAACCUUAAUAAUAAUCAGACUUAGAUCAAUUAAUUGCCUUAAUUAAUUAAACUCCUUAUGAUGACAGAGAGGAAAUGUACUUACAAAUCAGUGCGGAAUAAGUCAGAAAUCUACCAUAAGAUUUAAGAUAGGAAGCUACUUAUAUAAGAGACAGAGCCGAUUAAAGGGCCAUCGAAUAAACUGAGAGAUAAUUGUAUUAUUAGAUUGAUCCCUUGUAAUAAUAAUAAAAUUAACGUAAUCCCAAUCCAAAUCCAUAACCAUAAUAAUAAUAGAGAAAAGAAAAUCAAAAAUCUUUGAACUUAAAAAAUUUACUAUAAACUUAAAGACAUUUAGUUUAGAAAUUAGGAAAUGUGGAUGAUGAUUUUGCUGAGUCUUUAUUAAAAUUGCUUUAUGUUGAAUCACAUAGUUUUGUAAAUUUCCCAAUCAAUUUAUUUAUUGCUUUAACAAAUAAUCCAAAUGUAGAGUACAAGUUGAUUGAUGCUCUAUUUUUCAUAUUAAAGAAUCGAAUUCAAAGAACUGAUUAAAGUGAAUUCCCACCUUAAAUUUUAAUAAGAAGAAAUGGAUUAAUAAGAGAUUAAAGAAAAAUCUAUGAAAUAGUUUCACUGAAAAUUCUUUAUUUAAUUUCAAAAUUAUAGGGUCCAUCAAUCAAGUAUUUCUUUGAAACAAAAAAGCAAGGACAAUUGUAAUCGAUAGUCAGAUUAUCAGAAGGUACUUAAGAUCUUCCAUUAUUAUAAUUAAUUUAACUUUUGCCUUUGUUAAAGGGUGAUCAUUAAGAAUUGUUGAUUUAAGCAAUAUCUAAUAUUACAACAAAGUAGAAAGACUUUAAAUAAGAUUAAUUAAAUUUAGAUUCUAAAUCAGUAGAAUGUGUUUGUACAAUAUUAUUAUAAAAUAUGAAUAGAAGUGUAAAAAACUUUUCUCAUAUAAUUUUAAAUCUAAGUAAUAAUAAGGAAAAUUAACAAUUAAUAAUUAAAUAUAUAAAGGAGUUUAUUUAAAGAAUAACAAGAGAAAUAAACAAUAAUUUUGCGAAACAAUGUUAAUAUGAUGAGAUAUUUACUGCAGAUAAAGCAUUGAUUAAUGUAUUUUAAUUUGUUAGAGAAAUGAAUGAUAAAAUAGGAGAGAAUAAUGAUCAAUAAGAUACAAGAAGUAAUUUCAAGGAAUUGUUAGAAGAUUAAGGAUUAAUUUAGUUAUGGAAAAACUUAAUAAAAUUAUUGCAAGAUAUACCAUAAGAGAAGUUAGCAAAAUUAAGUACAAAGAUAUCUCCAUAUUUGGAAUGCUUUUUUAUAAUUUAUUAAUUAGUUAAUCCAAUAAGAAAGAAUAAGAAUGUUUAAAGAGAGCCAACAAAGAUUGCUAGUAUGGAGGGACAAUAAUAGGAAGUAUAAGAAUAAUAGUUACAUGAUGAAUUGUUCUAAUAGAUAUGUGAGAGUGGUAAAGUUCUGUUGAAUAUGAUGAUUAGAGAGAGAUUAUAAGAAUUAAGAGAGAAAGGGAAAUUAGUUAAUGAUUCUUUGGGAGUGAUAAUAUUUAAGAAUCCUAGAAUAGUAGAUUUCGAUAAUAAAUAGAAGUAUUUUAAGAUGGAAUUGAAAUAGUUAAAACUGCAAAAUAAUAGACAUCAUUAUGGAAAUAUAAAUUUAAGAUGCAGAAGAAAGGAUAUUUUUAUGGAUUCAUAUCAUCGUAUAAGUAAAUUAAAGCCAGAAGAAUUGAAAGGUAAAUUACAUGUAGAAUUUGAUGGAGAAGAAGGAAUAGAUGCAGGAGGUGUAACAAGAGAAUGGUUUUUGAUGCUUUCUAAAGAGAUUUUCAAUCCUAAUUAUGCUCUCUUUACUCCAUCAUUAAAUGGUCAAAUGUUUUAGCCAAGUAAUAAAUCUCAUGUGAAUCCAGAUCAUGUUAAAUAUUUUAAAUUUAUUGGAAGAAUAGUAGGUAAAGCAUUAUAUGAUGGAUAAUUAUUGGAUACAUAUUUUACUCGUUCAUUUUAUAAGCAUAUUUUGGGUUAGAAAUUAACAAUUCAUGAUAUGGAAGAUAUAGAUUUGAAUGAAUAUAAAAGUAUGAAAAAGAUAUUAGAAGAAAAUGUAACAGAUUGGGGAAUAUAUUGGACAUAUAAUGUAGAUCAUUUUGGUAAAUUAGAAGAAAGAGAAUUAAUUGAAGGAGGAAAAACUAAAUUAGUUACUGAAGAAAAUAAAAUAGAAUAUGUUUAAACUUACUGUUAUUAAAAAAUGGCAAAAGAAAUUAAAGAUUAGAUUGAAGCAUUUUUAAAUGGAUUCCAUGAAUUAAUUCCACAAUCUUUAGUAAGUAUUUUUGAAUGGAAAGAAAUGGAAUUAAUGUUGUGUGGUCUUCCUGAUAUUGAUCGUAAGAUUAUUAUAUUUAUAUUAUUAGUUGAGGAUAUGAAAGAGAAUAUAGAAUAUCAUGGAUAUGAUAAAGGAGAUAAAGUUAUUUAAUGGUUAUGGGAAUUAUUGGAAAGCUUUGAUAAGAGUAAAAGAGCUGCAUACUUAUAGUUUAUUACAGGUAUUCUAAUUUAUUAAUGAUAAUUUUAGGAACUUCUAAAGUACCUUUGGGAGGAUUUAAAGAAUUAAAAGGAAUGCAUGGUCCGCAAAAAAUAUAGAUACAUAAGAAACCUUAUGUCAAUUUUGAAUUACCUACAUCACACACUUGGUAUUUUUAUUAAAUCUAUAACUAAUAGUUUUAAUUAAUUAGACUUACCUGAUUAUCCAGCUAGAUAAAUUUUAAAGGAAAAAUUAGAACUGGCAAUCAUGGAAGGAAAGGAAGGUUUUGGUUUUGCUUGAU